GACACCGGAUUUUUUCUUUCAAGUCAAAUGAAAGUUCAACUUCGGGCGUUGUUGGAGACGAUUUUCAUAAGGCGGUGGUCAGGAGUUCAUCAAUGCAAUACUGCCUCUCUUAAGUAUGGCGAUGCGCUCCCAAAAGGAUCACGAGCCUUUUCGUUGACACUGGCUUCCCUGAGUCGCGUUAAUCCCCAAGCUCCAUCUGUACCUACGGAUUCUGCACCAGAUCUGCCCAAAUCAUCAUGCGUUGCGGGAAUAGUCAUGCCCGGUCUUAAUUACUUGAAGGAUCAACCGCCCGUCGUGGCAGUAGGAGAUAAAGAAUAUCCUUCAUGGCUUUGGACGAUCCUCCAGCCUAAAUUAUAUCCUCCGGAAGAACAGGGGCUUGGGGGUGCGGCCCAGAAAGCGAGGCAUAAGAAAGAACGAAAGGAGAAGAUUCGAGCGCAAAAUUUCAUGAGAACCCAAUAAACAUAGAUCCAUUCUUGCAUACAUAUAAUUAUGUGGUAUUUUCUGCACCUGUCUGCGCUGUGCGUGUCCAGGUAGCGUUGGGGCUUAUGGCGUUUUGGGUUUAUUCCCGAAUUGCUCGUCCGCUGCUCGUUGGACGGGUCGUAUUGAAUAUGUACAUCUCAUGCGGAGGCGCCGCACCAUACGCUGUCUAUAUUAUUGUCCCAUCGGAGCAAAGUGGCACCCUGUUGCCCGCUCUCAUCAAGAUGCCUACCGAAUGAUGAUGGAUGUCAGUGGCGCAAAUCGUAAUGUUUAUUUUUCCGUGG